AUGUACGGAUUAUAAUCAUUACAGAGUCUUGAUGGAGACACAUUAUCGGUGAUUGAGAACCCUGCAGCUGUCAGUCAUCCCUUUCACUCGGAGAAAGCAGCAGGAGUGGCAGAGGCCAAGGGAGUCCAGGGCUGCCAUGCUUGGCUGAAAGGGAUUCAUUCUACAACCCACGCUCACAGGCUGGUGAGAGCGCUGGCAGCAGUGUGUGCAGUUGGACUCCUGGGAGGCUUAGCUGUGGGUGUCUGGUUUCUAGUUAGACUUCUGCUGAGGCCUUCCUCCUCCCAGACUCCAGCAGGGCUCGGGGACACCAAGGAGACAUCCUUCUGCAAUGUCACCGAGGACAUUUCCAUCUCUGACCCCAGGAAAGUGUUUUAUAGAAUCAGCCCAGAGAACUCCCUCCUGGAGAUCCAGCUGGAGAAGCUCCCCACCUGGCUGCCCGUGUGCUACGAGAGGUGGAACUCGUCCCUGGGAACGCUGGUGUGCCGCCAGCUGGGCUAUCUGAGACUGACCAAGCAUAAAGGAGUGAAUCUAACUGAUAUUGGGCCAAACUACACUGAUGGCUUUAUACAAAUUACCUCAGAACACAAGAGCAAUCUGGAAAAUAUGUGGCAAUUCAGGGGGAGCUGUAUCACGGGGAAAGUUAUAGCUUUGAAAUGUUUUGAGUGUGGGACGCGAGCGAAGUUGCCCAGGAUAAUUGGGGGAGUGGAGGCCACGUUGGGGCGGUGGCCCUGGCAGGUUAGCCUCUACUACAGCAACCGCCACACCUGUGGAGGAUCCAUCAUCACCAGCCAAUGGGUGGUCACAGCUGCCCAUUGUGUGCACAACUACAGGCUACCUCAGGUAUCCAGCUGGGUGGUCUAUGCCGGUAUUGUGACGCGCAGCUCGGCUAAAAUGGCUCAGCACACUGGAUACGCUGUGGAGAAGAUCAUCUACAACAAGAACUACAACCACAGGAGCCAUGACAGCGACAUAGCCCUCAUGAAGCUGCGUACCCCGCUGAAUUUCUCAGAUACCAUUAGGCCUGUGUGCUUACCUCAGUACGACAAUGAUCUUCCAGGAGGGACACAGUGCUGGAUCUCUGGAUGGGGCUACACACAGCCGGAUGAUGUUCACAUACCAGACACUCUGAAAGAGGCUCCGGUUCCGCUAAUAAGCACAAAGAAGUGCAACAGCUCCUGCAUGUACAAUGGAGAGAUCACUCCACGGAUGCUUUGUGCCGGAUACACUGAGGGAAAAGUGGAUGCAUGUCAGGGGGACAGCGGGGGUCCUCUGGUCUGCCAGGAGGACAAUGUAUGGAGGUUGGUGGGUGUGGUCAGCUGGGGGACAGGGUGUGCUGAGCCCAACCAUCCUGGGGUUUACACCAAAGUGGCUGAAUUCCUGGGCUGGAUCUAUGACAUGAUUGAGAAUUACUGAGGAGGGCUCAUGAAGAUCAAGAACAAACAAGCAGAGGAUGCUCCUGAUAUUUUGACAUGUUUGAAAAUCAUAGUCUCUAUAAAUGUCUGUCAUAUAAUGUAUUGAUACUCAACAGGUGG